GGUCACGUGACCCCACAUCCGCUCCCGUGGCUGUUGCUGUUAUGACAACGAACUUCGGAGGGGGCAGAUGAAUGGUAGCAACGGAGAAGAUGGUCAACUCUCACAAAAAACACAACAAUUCCCUCCGAUGUACAGUGUAUCUGGACAUUGAGAGAGUUACAUGUCCAGGAGUCCUCCUUAAAAAAAAGUAUGGCAUCUACAUCAGUGUGCGUAUUAUGGGCCAGUACAGGAAGACGCCAUGUUUGCCUCCUGUUUUCCCGCUAGAGUUCAAUCACAGAAUGGUUUUUGUCAAGACUUUCUCUGGCAUUUUUGACCCUGCUGAUGUAGCUGACCUCCUCGAAGCUGACACCACAGUUUUUGAGCUGAUUCAGUUGGUCCCUCCAGAGGGGGAUAUUCUUGCCACAGCGGAAGAAUGCAGCAGAGAUUUCCUGUAUCCGGGUCCCAGCCUGGUUUCCAGUGAAGGAUCUGCAAAAAGAGAGAUAAUGUUGAAAAGAACCUCCUUGUUUCCUGGAAUCUCCCUGAAAGUGGAGUUUGCGACAACGUCAGUCAUAGAGGAGAGUGAUUGGAGAGACAGCUGGGUUCCUUCACCUACCUGUCGUGUUUCUCCUUUGAGGCCGUGUGCAACCCCGUCUACGCAAAGAUCAACAGGGAAGUUUUCACCACAAAGGAAAGCAUAUGAUGUUGGGCCAGGCUGCGUUGUGGCCCAAGACGGUGAGAAAAAGCUGAGCGUCGAGGCCGUGCUCACCAACUGUCCUCUGACAUCAACGUCUAGACGUUCCCCCUUUGCUUCCCCGUCAGACUCUAGACCUCAAACAAACAAGAAGGACAGGAAACAGGGAGCUUCUGAGGACGCUGGAUACCGACGGCCUACAGUUUCCUCCACGACGCGAACUCUGUCUCCUUACACGCACCGCAGGAUGUGUGAGCUGACCGAGGAGAGCAGGCAGCGGAUGAGCCACCUCUGCAUGGGGCCUCACCUCUUUCGCAAGUCAACGGAGAAGCAGCCGCCCUUUUUGGUCCCUCGGCACAGUGAGCCCACUGGGAUGGGAACACAGAACCGCAGCAUGCAGCGACGCACCGCCAGUUUCUCACCCGAUCACACAGAUGCUUCUCUCCAUGGAAGCUACAGACAGAGGACAGAGCAAAUAGAAUCGGCUUCAGCGAGGCUCCAGGCGUCUCCGGAGACACGUUCCCGACAUGAACCCGAGAUCAAAGGCCCAGGCUGGACCGAGCUGCGGCGAACCCGGUCCGUCUCAGCUUGGUCCGGCCUGGCGGUGUCAGAAUCAGGGAGGCUUCUGAAUGUCAGCAGCUGCUCCCUCAGAAACCGACUUCAGGCUGGUCCAUCCUAUGGGGAACAGAUCCACAACCGGAUCCAGAAGAUUCUGCAGACGCACAGAGUCGCCUAUGAGCAUAGAGAGAGCUGGAACUUUUAAUCCACCGCAGGAGUGUUAAUGCAACAAAACCUAGAUGUUAAUUCUAAUGCAUCCAGUGUUUUUCCUCUAAAUUGUAUGUCAACGGACAGCAGA